GUACAAAAAUUUUCAAUUGAUGAGUUAUUACAUACAGGGAAGUUUUAUAAGAAUUUGGAAACAUUAAGUACAUCAGCUGAUUACCAUAAAUUAUGUGGUUCACGUGAUGAACCUGUGUUCGAAAGCAUGCACUUCAAAAAAAUUUGUGUAGCGAUUUUAAAUUAUUUAAAAAACAAUUAUUCUGCAUCAAAUCACACAAGUAAUGGAUAUGAUGAUUGCAAACUUUUGAGUUAUGGGGCAUAUAGUAGAAUAUUUGAUAUUUUGCGCGAAAAAAGAUAUACGAUCAUACCUUAUGCACAACUCCAACGUAUAUGGAAUGGUUUUAUUGAGCGUUUACCUGAGAAUCAAAGAUGUAAACCCAUUCAUGAAAUGCUUAGUUAUACUGAUUGGAGAGAAAGAAAGGAAUUGUAUGAAUACUAUGUUAAUUAUUCUCUAAUUGUAGAUUUAGCUAACAGUUAUAAUGAAAGAUGUAACGAAUUUUAUGAAUACGUAAAAAAGAAAGCUCAUCUAUAUGAAUAUUUUGAGGAGAAAUGUCGUUAUAAGAGUACAAUUAUAUGUCCAGAAUUUUGUGAAGAUAGUAAAAAGUAUAAUCCAAAAAAUGUACUAUCUAAUUUUAGUUGUCACCAUGAAAAAAUUGAUGAAAUACAUGCAGAUGUGCCUAGCGCUCUAAAAAAGAAAAUUCACUUUUAG